CCUUCUCUGUCUGUUCCAGUUGUUUCUUUUGAGCUGUGUUUUCUUGCCCUUUUCUUGAAGAAUCAAAGUACAUCUUUCCAAAAAGCAAAUUGAUUUUAAUUAUCAACUUAUAACAACUGACAGGCACAUAACUGUACAGAGAGAAGAAAAAAUUUAACGCAGAAAUAAUCUGAUAAAAUACAAUUUAACCUCCCCGAUCCUUUUAACUGGAAAAGGCAACUACAUAAACAGUAAAGGUGAAGCCUUUCAUAUGUUAUUUGCUGAUUUAAAGGGGACAGACAUGGAUCCAAGGACCCCUGUAAUAAUUGCACCCUCUUUCACUCUGCGUAACUGUAGUCUUCACCCUAAAUCCUAAACCCAGAAAAAAUGGACAAGAUCAGGAUUUUUCUUCUUGCUUGGCUUCACCUCCGAUCCCAAAAUGGUCCAGUAUCUCUUGUGAAGCGCUUCUCGUACAAGGAUCUAAAGAAGGCGACAGAUGGGUUUAGAAGAACUACUGAUAACUCUUCAAGAGGGAGUUCUUAUAAGGCCAGAUUUCAAAAUGGUGUUGUUUCUACAAUAAAAGAAGUCGAAGGUUUUAGUGAAUGUGAUGAUGCCUCCUUCUAUAGGGAAGUUCAGCUCUUGGGGCGAUUGCACCACCGCCACAUUGUUGCGCUUAGAGGUUUUUCUACUGGACCUAAGCGGUACCUAGUGUUCGAAAAUGUGGAAAGAGGAAGCCUUAAGGAGCAUCUAUCUGAUCCUCUGAAGACUCCCUUGAAUUGGAGAACAAGACUGCAAAUAGUCGUUGGCAUUGCUGCUGCAUUGGAAUAUCUGCACUUUUUCUGUGAUCCACCAGUGUACCAUGUCUCUAUAAGUUCAAGCACCAUAAUGUUAGAUGAGAAUUUAACUCCAAAGAUAAUAAAACAAUUCUCCUUCGCUCUACAGCUUUCUGAUAUUAGCCUUAUUCGUUCUGCUGGGAAUCAAGUUACACUUCCUAACUCUUCAAGUUGUAUAAAAGAAUGUACAGGGCAGACGUGCAAAAACAUAAUCUUUCAACUCGGUUUGCUGAUUCUCGAGCUGAUUACUGGGCAAUCAUCCGAAAGAAAUGGUGCCGAUUUAGUGCAAUGGGUUCAAAAAACUUAUAUUUCAAGGUCCACACAUGAGAUAAUGGAUCCAGAUAUUGGAAACAACUACGAUCAGGCAGAGCUUCAGAGUCUUCUAAAUGUUGCAAGAUUGUGCAUAAAAUCCCUGGAUAAACCCAAAAUAUACACCUCUCAGAUAUUAUGGUAUCUCCAGAAGAAGGUGAGAAUUGUACGAGAUAAGCAUCGAUAUUAGUAAAGUUUUGCUUCUGAUUUGCACAAAGUUAUAGAGAAAGCUUAUACUCAUUGAACAUUUUAUUUUUAUUUAUAAUGCUUUCCAUUACUAA